UUCCUCCUUGGAGGCCAAGCACUAACCACCUGGCAUUUGUGGGGGGGAGGGAUUCAGGCACCAUGGCCGAACAGCAGAGCCCACCGGGGGAGACGGCGGCUGCCGAGAGCCCAGAAGAAGCGGGGCACAACUUCAAGGUCACCCUCUUUGAGAUGGAGAACUUCCAAGGCAGGAGAUGUGAACUGACAGCCGAGAGCCCCAAUUUGACGGAGGAGCUGGAGAAAGUGAGCUCGAUUCAGGUGGAGUCCGGCCCGUGGCUGGGCUUUGAGCGGCAGGCCUUCAGUGGGGAGCAGUUUGUGCUGGAGAAGGGGGACUACCCCCGCUGGGAUUCCUGGUCCAACAGCCACAGCAACGACAGCCUCCUCUCCAUCCGGCCCCUGCCCAUUGACGGCUCUGAUCACAAGAUCCACCUCUUUGAAAGCUCCGGCUACGGAGGGAGGAAGAUGGAGAUCGUGGAGGACGACGUCCCCAGCUUGUGGUCGCACGGCUUCCAGGACCGCGUGGCCAGCAUCAAGGCACUGGAUGGAAUAUGGGUGGGCUACGAAUACCCCGGGUACCGUGGCCGGCAGUACGUCUUUGAGAAGGGGGAAUACCGGCACUGGAACGAGUGGGACGCCAGCCAGCCCCUGAUCCAGUCCGUGCGGCGCGUCCGGGACCAGCAGUGGCACAGGCGGGGCUGCUUUGAGGGCAGCUAAGCGGGCAGUGCCUGACGGGGCCAAGGAGGAG